CGGGGGGCGAGCGAGCGGCCGGGCCGGGCCCGCCCGCCAUGGCGGCCGAGGGGAAGCUGACGGGGCAGAGCCAGGAGCAGUUCCUGCUGCUGGCCAAGGCGGCCCGCGGCGCCGCGCUCGCCAGCCUGAUCCACCAGGUGCUGGAGGCCCCGGGCAUCUACGUGUUCGGGGAGCUGCUGGACAUGCCCGCCGUCCGCGAGCUGGCCGACGGCGAGUUCUCCCCCGUGUUCCGCCUCCUCACCAUCUUCGCCUACGGCACCUACGCGGACUACCUGGCUGAAGCAGCAAACCUCCCUCCCUUGACAGAGGCCCAGAAGAACAAACUGAGGCACCUGUCAGUCGUCACUCUGGCCGCCAAGAUCAAGUGCAUCCCCUACUCGGUGCUGCUGGAGCAGUUACAGCUGAAGAAUGUCCGGCAGCUGGAAGACCUGGUGAUUGAGGCUGUGUAUGCAGAUGUGCUGCGAGGGAGCUUGGAUCAACGGAACCAGCGCCUGGAGGUGGAUUACAGCAUUGGGAGGGACAUCCGGAGGGAGGAGCUUAGCACCAUCACCCGCACAUUGCAGGAGUGGUGCCAGGGCUGUGAGGUUGUCCUGUCGGGCAUCGAGGAGCAGGUGAGCCGGGCCAACCAGCACAAAGAGCAACAGCUGGCCCUGAAGCAGCAGAUUGAGAGCGAGGUGGCAAACCUGAAGAAAACCAUUAAGGUGACAACAGCAGCUGCUGCAGCAGCCACAUCCCAAGACCCAGAGCAGCACCUCACGGAGCUCAGGGAGCCGGCCCCUGGCACCAACCAGCGCCAGGCGAGCAAGAAAACCUCCAAAGCCAAAGGGCUCCGGAGCAGCGCGAAGAUUUGGUCUAAAUCGAACUAGUUGGAUCUCCCUUCACAGCUGGGAGGGUCAAUUUCAGGAGCCAUAAAGGUGUGACAGUCACCUUGGCACCCCCAGGGCAUCACAAAAGCUUGGAAAGAGGGUGCUGGUGCUCAGCAGUUGUUUUUGCUCUAUGAGACCCCUGGGAUACUUUGCUCCAGGACACCGUCUUUGAUUGUUUAAUCUUUGUUUUGCUAGGUGGGAGGGUAGUUUUUGAAGGGAUUCUUUUAAAAAAUAUAUAAAUAUAUUAUAAAUAUAUAUAAAAUAAUAAAAAUAUAGAUCUAUGGACAUAUCUGUACAAACCUGUGCUCCUGUGGAUAGUAGUGUCUCUUUGCCUCAUACACUGAUUCUGGAGGUUCCAAAAUAAGCUGUGAUAUUAAGAGCCUUUGUCCCAUUUUGGAGUGGAAUAUCCUCAAAAUACUAGGUCCUCUUUUUAAAGGUAGUGCCACAGUAUCUCUAUUGGGAUAAGAGUCCAUAAAACAAAUUAAUUAUAAAUCUUA